AUGAGUGCUUGUCUGAGCCGCGCUGAUCCCCCGAAAACGGACGAGAAGCCGGCACAGACACCGCCUCGUCUCCUGGCAGUACAGGCGGUGCUCGAUAGUCGAUCCUGCUUCUCGGAAACUGCCAGCGCCCGCGUUCAUCUGGAGCUACAACCGUGUGCGCUGGCGCCUAGCGAAUCGGUUGCGUGCCUUCCGUCGCUUUUUCCAUGCACGAUGGACCAGUCCGAGGAAGCCCCGCUUCCGGGUCGGCGCUUCAUCUUGCAGGGUGACUGGGCGCUGUCGCCGAUCACCCCUGCCGUUCGACAGCCGCCCAUGGAGCGUCGAGCGCCCGGCACCAUGCUGCCGGAGGGCUUUAGUGAGGCGGCGACCAGCACCCACGGCAUGAGCAUGGGAACUUACUACUCGAUGAGAUUGGGUUCACCCGUUCCACGUGGAGGGCGGAUGCGGACGACACGCCCGUGGCCUGGGAUGGCGCUGAGUCCCGCACACGGCUACGCCUUGCAAACCCUAGCUCCAAGCUCAGCGUUGCUUGAUGAAUACAGGCGCCAGGCACUGGGGCUGAAUACUGAGCCCCACUCUGAGCAGGACGUCAUUGAUACUGACCCAUUUUCACCAAGCGAUGCCGAUUUGGCCAUGGAAGCCGGUGUUUCCGUCACACCGAUGCGUCCAGGCGCGAGUUCACCGCCGAUGUCGAGCCCAGUGUACGCCGGCGUUGGCCUAGCGUUUGCGGUCGAUGGAGGAUCUCCUGCACUGGGGCCCGGGUCAUGUGUAGGCGCGUUCGGGGCCGGAGUGAUGACAGGCUGUUCCCUCAUGCAGCCAGCCGCCUGGUCGAAUAGUGCAGCAGCGCUGACGCCACUCACCGCACGCCUGCGGGAACAGUCCAGAGUCGCGGCGGAUCUCGAUCCGGAUUUCGCUCAGGUUGCCCUGGCUACCAACGACCAACGUUUGCGUAUCAAACGAUAUCGGCAGAUCUACGGCGGUAUUCAGUCACCAACUACAUCGGCAGCUGGGGUAUCACAACCUGAUCCACGCGUGUCGUUGAACGUGCCUUUGGAAUCUAGUCAGGUCGUCUCGAAAGCAACGCACGCGCAGCGCAUAGCAACGGGCAUUUCCGUUCCGAGCGCCACCUCCGGCUGCUGGGAUCCUGAUUUCGCUGCAAAGAAGCAACAAGCGGAUCCAUAUGUUAGGCCCCUAUCUUGCGAGUCUGCGCGACCUCCGCGAGAAUGCAGUCAGGCGACUACCUCCACCUCGAUCGCUAAUGCAUACUGUCGAUUCGAGCACCCCGUUUACUUGGACGCAACGGACUUGAACGAUGAGGAUGCUACCCAUUCAGAGGCUUUCAACGAAAGCAACGAGAACAUUCGCCUGGAGGCUAGCUUCAGCAGUGAGACCCCAGCGGGUGCCCUGCAGACGUCGUCUACCCGUGACGAGAUGCACAGCCGCGCGCAUCUAUCCGCUCAUGCCGCUGGUGAUAUGGGUCCUCCUUAUGGUAUCCCUGUACUGCAAGUACUUCAGGAGCGCCAGUUGCCGAACUACAUAGAGACAGCGCACGGCAACGAAUCGAUGCAUUCACGCGACCCGAGCCUUCACCAGCAACCAAAAGGAUCAUCAAAUCGAAAACGUUCGCGGCACGAAACAGACCCUAUGGCGUACCAAGCGGGUACGAGGCAUCCUGAUGGAGGGUAUUGCCCCAGUAGGCCAUACUGCUCGAUGCAGAAGACGGAAUCGGCCCACACAUCAGCAUCAUCCUCAUCGGAUGACCUGGUCAUGUCGCAGAACACAUCCAAAACGCUAUCACAGGAUCGUUCGUGUGUACGCUGUUUCGAAUCCGGCCUCGAGCGGAAACGCGUUCUCUUCGCCGUACACCCAACCGGUGUCGAUGAACGCUCCCUGCCGUCGACCUCGAUAGCAACAGACACAGUGCGAGAAAACCGUCAGUCUUUAUUUCCCUCGCCCCAUGAAGUACAAGACGGGCACUUUGCGCCUACCGAGGAUAACGGUAUGCGACCGUUGCCUUUUGCGGCGAGCGGCAGCGAACGGAGCGCUCUUGCGCCGCCGCCGGUCUCUGUACCCGACGCUAGAGUCAUAUGUCCCGCAUACGAGUCCGUUUCAGCAGCGCAGUCGCUCGCUUCAGCCGACCAGCAUUGCCUCGAUCACCAUCGAGAUACUUUCAGCAUCAAUCAAACAAUCAACUGCUGGUCAAGCGGCAGAACACGCUAUGCACCGGAACCACAGACCCACGCGAUGGUGUCCCUCGACGGAACCCAAGCCGAGCAUACCGUGGACCCCUAUCUACCCUCAGAGGUGCAUCCUGGAGCUACUGCUAGUGCUGCUGCGCUGGUGCUUGACCCAGCCGCAGCUGCUGAGCUACAACGAGCAUCCCGUCGGUUACAAACACCUCGCACCAACACGUUACGAAUCGCAUCCAAGCGGUGUCGUUGCCGUCGUUCCCGAUGUCUCAAGAAAUAUUGCGACUGUUUCGCCGCAGGUAGUUUCUGCGGCCCUGAGUGCGAGUGUGAGGGCUGCGGCAACCAUCAAGACAACCAGGAACAGGUCGAACGGGCUCGUCAAAGUGCGUCGCAGCGCUCGAGUACCUCCGGUGAGGCACUAAACGGUGAACCCAGUGCCUCGGAGCGUUCGUCACGAGGCUGUCGCUGCAAGCGCACCGGAUGUCUGAAGCGAUACUGCGAGUGUUUCCAGGCCGGACGGGAGUGUACGGCACAGUGCGCCUGUGAAGGCUGUCUGAACUGUCGCGGGCUCAGUGAACACUUGCUGGUUGAAAUUCGACGGCGGCUUGCUUGA